GUCCACACAGGAAGAACCGGACUCAGAAGGUCCGGUCCACACAGGAAGAACCGGACUCAGAGCUUCCUACCUGCAGAAACCCGUCAGCAUGUCCUGCUGCGACCCGCUCGGUCUGUGCCAGUACCAGACCAACAAGCUGGUCCGGAUCCGGAGCGUCCGGCUCGGUUCUCUGAAGUGGAGCCUGAACGGAGCCAUCCUGCUCUUCAUUUGUAUUGUGAUGCUGUGGAACAAGAACUACCAGCAGUUCGACCUUGUGGUGAGCUCCGUCACCACCAAGGUGAAGGGCGUCGCUCAGACCCGCAUACCCGGGCUCGGAGAGGCGGUCUGGGAUGAGGUGGACUACAGCGGGUCCUCGCAGGACAAGAACUCCUUCUUUGUGGUGACAAAUGUCAUUGUAACAAAAAACCAGAAGCAAGGAAAAUGUCCAGAGAAUCCCUCUAAAGGCAGACUGUGCCAGACUGAUAAGGACUGUGAACCAGGAGCCUGGGACCAGCAGAGUCAUGGGAUUCAGACCGGCUCGUGUGUGAAGUUUGACGUGAUGAAGAAAACCUGUGAAGUUUCUGCGUGGUGCCCGGUAGAAACAAGGACAACUCCUCCGAGGCCUGCUCUGCUGGCAGCAGCUGAGAAUUUCACCGUCCUCAUCAAGAACAACAUCAGAUUUCCUGCCUUCAACUUCAUCCGACGGAACAUCCUCCCACAGAUGGACGGCUCCUACCUGAGGAGCUGCAGCCGAGGAAACGACUCGCUGUGUCCCAUCUUCAGACUCGGAGACAUGGUUCGAGAGGCCGGGGAGACGUUUGCAGACCUGGCAGUGGAGGGGGGUGUCAUCGGCAUACAGAUCAAAUGGGACUGCAACCUGGACCCGCUCAUGCAGCGCUGCCUCCCCAGGUACUCCUUCAGGCGUCUGGAUGAGAGGGAGAGCAACAAGACGUUGCACCCCGGCCUCAACUUCAGGUUCGCAAAGUACAGCUCGGUGAACGGAGUGGAGGAGCGCACGCUGUACAAAGCCUUUGGGAUCAGGUUUGACGUCAUGGUGUUCGGACAGGCAGGAAAGUUCAGCUUCAUUCAGCUCAUCAUCUACGUCGGCUCAACGCUGUCGUACUACGCUCUGACUACAGUGUUCCUGGAUUGGCUGAUUGAAACCAGCUGUUACGCUGCAGAGGUCGGACAGAACUACUCUGAGAGGAAAGUGGAGUCGGUCCAGGACCAGCAGCAGUGCGUCCUGUGUGUGUCCUACGUUGAUGAGAAGAAGCUCCGUCUGGUCAAGAGAUCUCGCAAAAAAAGUCUACAGGACAUCAAACCCAUGUCUGUCCAGCCAUGCAAGGAGGACUCAGGACACCUGAGAGCCAUCCUGUGUCUCCUGCAGCUGGAUGUCGGUGUGGACCGCGGUGCUCAGCCUCCCCUCGUCUGUAAUCAGGACCAGAACCUGAAACGUGGCCGUCCUGCGUGGUGUAAAUGCGACUGCUGCUCUGCCUCCUCCCUCCCGCAGGAGGAGCUGUGCUGCAGGCGGAGCGAGGGCGUCUGCAUCACCUCCUCUCCUCUCUUCCAGCAGCUGGUGUUGCGCCGCUCGCUGCUGGAGGCCGUCCUCCUCUACCGGGACCCUUUGGGUCCUCCGGCGGGUGGGGUUCAGACCGCCGCCCUGCGUCACUGCGCCUACAGGCUGUACAUCAGCUGGAGGUUUGGGGUCCCGCCUGCUGACACACACCCAGUCAUCCCCAGCUGCAGCGUUUGGAGGAUCAGGAAGGACUAUCCAAACCCGGGCGGAGAGUACAGCGGGUUCACACCCACCAGGGUGGUCCACAGCACCGGUGAUAUUUGAAAGAAGAGCACAGGAACACCCUCACUGCCUGACAUAUUAACAAUCAUAAGAAAACAAGAAAUGCAUCAACUCUGCUCAGCUUGGUGUAAAAUGAGAAUUUAUGUUUUAUUAGAUGACAUCAAGAGGGUGAAAACUUUACUAACCCAAUAAAACCAGUUCACUGUCUAA